ACUGUGGAAGGGGACGCUGUCAUUCUGAGCCUGCGCGAGCCGAGCCGGACUUCGUCCCCAUGGCAACGACUGUUGGGGGUCCGGGAUUUUGGAAUGAGAACAUAUUUGAAUAUUUUCUUAAAAAUAACCAGAUUAAAUCAGAAGAUGGAGCUGAAAUCAUCUGGUAUCAUGCAGCUAACCAUAAGUCACAAAUGAAGGAGGCACUAAAAAGUAGUGCUCACAUGAUUGAGGCAGAUAUUCUUCUUUCUUGUGAUGAAUCAGAACACAGACAACCCAUAAUGGCUCAUCCUCCUGAAAUAAGCAGUGAUAAUACUCUUCAGGAAUGGCUAAAUGAAGUUUUGAAAACCAACAAAGGCAUCAAACUUGACUUUAAAAGUCUGGAAGCAGUGAAACCAUCCAUGAUACUUCUGGAAAAUGUUAAGAUGCAUCUGAAUCGUCCUGUGUGGAUUAAUGCUGACAUACUUCCCGGUCCCAAUGGAAAAAAUGUUGAGUUGGAUGCAAAGAAAUUCCUAGAUACUGUGACAUCCUUUUUCCAAGAUGUGACUUUAUCUCUGGGCUGGACUACUGGAUGGUACCCUAAUCAACUCAAUGAAGGAUACAGUUGGACAAUGGUAAAAGAUAUGGAAUAUAUAUGUAAUAAACUAAGUCAGCCUGUAACAUUUCCUGUCAGAGCAGCAUUAAUUAAACAAUCUUAUGAUCAGUUGUUUUGGCUGGUACAGCAAUCAUAUAGGUACAGUCUGACUAUUUGGACAGGAAAAGAUGAUAUAUAUCCCACUGAAGAUUUGCUCUUUGUCAGAGAACAUUUUGGGAAAAAGCAAGUUUUCUAUGAUAUCUUAGAGCCACAAAACCAAGAAUUCAAACAAGCUAUCGGAAUAGAAAUUGAAAAAUAAAAAGCUUACAAAUCUCCAUACA